AUGUCCUCUCGAACCAUCUCCACCGAAGCAGUCCCUAGCUCAGUUCUCCAUGCUUCACUCUCAAUCGAUCCACCUAACAUCGUACGUGCACAGGGUCACUACCUGCACACUUCCACUGGCACCGCCAUAUAUGACGCAUCAAACGGUGCAGCAGUAUCAUGCAUUGGCCACAACCACCCCCGCGUGAAGCUCGCCAUGCAACAACAACUCGACGCCGUAGAAUACUGCUUCGCCCCACACUUCACCACCCCGGCCUAUGAAAAGCUCGCCAAGUUCCUCGUCGACUCUACCAACGGGAAGAUGCAGAAGGUCUUCGUCACAGGCUCCGGUUCCGAAGCCAUCGAAGCAACUAUCAAGAUGGCACGGCAGUACUAUGUUGAAAAAGGGGAACUACAGAGGACGAAGUUUAUUGCGAGAGAUAGGAGCUAUCAUGGCAAUACGUUUGGUGCGCUUGAUGUGUCUGGUCAUAAGGCGAGGAGAACUAUUUAUGAGCCGAUGCUCGGAGGAAAUACAUCGCAUAUUUCACCCUGCUAUCCCUACCGCGAUCUCCGCUGGGGAGAGACGACGCCGCAGUAUGUCGAGCGCCUCGCACAAGAGUUGGAAGACGAGUUCCAGCGUGUAGGCCCGGAGACGGUAUGCGGAGUCGUCUUCGAGACAAUGGCGGGAUUGACGCUAGGCGCGGUCGCAUCUGUUCCAGGCUACCUAAAGAAGAUGAAGGAGGUGUGUGAGAGGCACGGUGCGCUGUUCAUCCUCGACGAGGUGUUUGCUGGGAUGGGGAGGACAGGAUCGUUACACGCCUGGGAACAAGAAGAUGUAAUUCCGGACCUGCAGACCGUAGCGAAGGGACUGGGGGCUGGGUAUGUGCCUAUCGGAGCGCUGAUGGUAGGAAAGAAAGUCGUGGAUGUGUUGGAUAGGGGGACGAAGGCUUUUGUGCACUUCCAGACCUAUCAUGGACAUCCGUUGGCAUGUGCGGCGGCAUACGAGGUUCAGCAGGUCAUUCAAGAUCAAGGCUUGGUCGAGAAUUGUAAGAGGAUGGGAGAAUAUCUCGGUGAGGCACUAAGAGCGCGGUUGGGCGCUCAUCCAAACGUUGGCGAUAUUCGCGGACGGGGCCUUGCGUGGGCGAUUGAGCUGGUCAAAGACAGGAACACCAAGGAACCAUUUCCUGUAAAGCAGAAAGUUGCGCCUACCAUCCAUGCAGCGGGUCUGCAGAAAUUUGAGAUUGCCGUGCUCCCUGGUGGCGGCGUAGUCGAUGGAGUGAAUGGUGAUCUGGUUGUUCUAGCUCCGGCGUACGAUGUCAACCGCGAGGAAGUGGAUCUGAUUGUUCAUCGGGCGGCGAAAUCUAUCGAGCAUGUUCUCGGGCCUACCACCGUUGCUGCCAAGCUUUAA